CGUACCAUGAACAUUUUCAGAUUCGAAAAAAGAAAGAAGAAUUAAACUCCUACGUGAAAUUUACUUGUAAAAUUACAGAGUUUGCAAAUCAGUCAAACUUAUCGAAUCGAUGAUUCACUGGGGUUCCAUGGGAACUGUGGUUCGUCUGUCUGCAAGUGAAGAUAACCACGACCAUUCCAUCAAGAUGACAGUGUCGCCGAUCGGUUCCGACGUGACUCUCGGAACUUCAUCAAGGGAAUGCGGUUCCGCUUCUCGGUUUCCAGCCGAUCAUCUUGGCGCCAAAUCGCGUCUCGAUCGAAAGUUCCAACGAGUUAUGAGCAAGAAAUCGAAACCAGUUCCUCAAGAUUAUCGUGAUGUCUAUGAAUCGAUCUACGGACCGUGGUCAUCGUGCGAAGAAAAAGAUUUCAAGGGAAAGUAGCAAAAACAAACCGGAAGCGGCAGCAGUACCAGAGUUCGGAAGUCGCGAUGUUGUUUCUCCAGACUGCAAAGAACAAUAUCUCUUCUUAUUAGAAUUCUUCAUACAUCACGUUACCAGCGAACGUUUAGCGAAGCUCAACCAAAUGUUCUUCGUCCCCACGACGAUAUCCGUGGAGUUCCUCAACUUCACAGGGAAAAACGGUAUCGAAAUAACUCCGGUGGACCCGUUAUUUCAACCUCAAGCAGGAGUUGCAGACGACAUCGAGUAUUUCUUCUGUGGUCGGUCCGUGAUGUUCGCCAUAGAUCAAUACACUGUGGUCAACAAAGACUUGGAACUAAUCAUCAAACUAUGUGUAGAAAAAAAAAUGCCAGAAUGUGUGAAACCAGAUGUAUUAAUAGGUAACGGCGAGCUAGAUAUUUCCAAACAUUUCGCCGCCCUACGAAAAGAAAUGUUGCAAUGCUGGCACAAAAUGGCACCACCACCGAAAGUCUUCGAGGGAGAAGUUCCUGUAAUUUAUAACGAAAACACGAUCGGCGAUAUAUGCAUGUUCGUCAGAAUUUCUGCAUUCGGGCAAACUAUCGUCACCGAAUUUGACGCGCCACCUGAUAGAACUAUCUCGUCUUAUAUCUUCAAAGGCGGCGACUGUAACGAAAAAUCACCAACUUACAAAUGUCGUAUCGUUGAUCCUCACAUUGCGGACGUCUGUAGGGAGUCGAAAGACGAAUUAUUGAAAGGCGGACCUCCUUGUCGUGUUUGUAUCAAGGAACAACAUCCUUGUACACCGUGUGGACAGCCAGUCGGAGCCACGUUGAAACCAAACGUUAGUUGCAAACAGAUCAGCGAAGUAACUCCGGGGUCGAAACCGAAUAUUUGUUCCGAUGUGCACAAGCAGGCCGGUCUGAUACAAUCGAGUCGUGGACCGGUGCAACCGUGUGGAAAAGCUGUGGUUCUGAAAGUGUCCGGGAUCCUGGACACGGGUCAGGACAAAAAGCCGACAGUCACCGUGGCACCUGAGUCCGAAGCUACACCAGAUACCGAUCCUGACCAUGACGUAUUCGUCCUCAGAAUUGGGAAAAAAGGGAUUGUCGGAGCUGGAGAAAAGUCCGAUAUACAGUUGGAAAUGAAAACACCGAAAGGGCCCGAAAGGGGACCUCCUAUCCGAUGCGAGACCAGAGAGAUGCAAACUGAUGAUAAGGUGCACAAAAAGACACAUGCAAAGAAAAAGAAAAAGAAAUGAAUUGGAUAGAUUGGAUGGUUUUUAG